CCGACUAGAUCAUCCACGUGUCAAAAGCACAACCUGGCAUUGCAACCUAUGAUUCUCUGUUAUGUACCACACCUCUCUGAGUGAUUUGGUUGUUUGUGACGAAGGAUUAAGAGAGUUUGGAAGAAUUAAUGGCAACCAUUGCCGUUGCUUCACCAAAAUCCGCCAUUUUGCAGAACCCAGUCUCUCUCAGAGAACCAAGUUGGAGUCCUUUUGGUGGGUCCUUGAAGAGUCUGUGUUUACAAUUGAAACCCAGAAACAAGAACAGAGAAGAUGCCAUCAAUUUGGUGGUUGCUUCAACAAACUCCACCAACUCAGCAAACACCAGUAGAAGCAGAGGUGGUGGCCGCUUUUACAUCAACUUCACCGGGUUUCCUUUUCCUCUGGGUCCGUUUCUCAAUAGAAGCACCACUAGGACUGAGGCUGUGAAAGGCUGCAUAUGGUUGUUUGAACAAGAGCAAGCAUUAGGCUUCAGCAGUGUGUCAACAAACAUUAGAAUGACAGUCAUCAAACUUAAAUCUGGAGGACUGUGGGUUCAUGCCCCCAUCGCUCCAACCAAGGAGUGUAUUCAGCUUCUCAAAGAGUUGGGAGCUCCUGUAGAAUACAUAGUUCUGCCUACAUUUGCUUAUGAGCACAAAAUUUUUGUUGGUCCAUUUUCUAGAGAGUUCCCUCGAGCUCAGGUAUGGGUGGCACCAAGGCAAUGGAGUUGGCCUUUGAAUCUGCCACUGGAAUUUUUUGGUAUCUUUCGUGCUAAAACCUUAAAAGAUGAUGAUUUGUCCACCCCAUGGGCUUAUGAAAUUGAGCAGAAAGUUCUAAGUUCUCCAGAAGUUGGUAUUGGGCCAUAUGUAGAGGUAGCUUUCUAUCAUAAGCCUUCCAGAACUCUACUGGUUACGGAUGCAGUAAUUUUUGUGCCAAGACAGCCACCUGAUUGUAUUAGCAAAGAAUCCUUGUUAGCAUCUGCAAAGAAUGGUUUGGCUGUAAAACUUCUUAGUAAAGGAAAAGAAGUACCUCAAGAACCAGUAGUUGACAACAAGCUGAACCGUCAAAAAGGAUGGGAAAGAAUGGUUCUUCAAAUUCUGUUUCUUGGUCCAUCGAAUCUGUUGGAACCUAAUGCUAGCUUUGCUCAGAUGUCACAAAAGCUGAUUGUUUCACCCAUUGUAAAGACUCUGGUCUUCAGCAAAGUCCCUGAAAAGGUCAGGGAUUGGGUUGAUGGAAUUGCACGGGAGUGGAGGUUCAAGAGAAUAAUCCCCGCUCAUUUUGCUGCACCAAUCAAUGCAAGCAGGUCUGAUUUGUUAGCUGCAUUUGCAUUUCUGGACGACCUUUUGGAUGAACGCUAUGUCACUCGGCCUUCACUCUCUCUUCUCUUCACAUCACUUAUGGGAAAGGCCGCCAGCUACUUCCCUCCCGACGACAUGAAGACUUUAUCAUCGCUUGAUAAGUUUUUGGUCUCGGUGGGAGCUGUGAAGAAGACUGUCUCUGGCCGGAAACGAUGACAUAACAUAGCAUGCAAAUGUGCCAGUCAAGGUUUCACCUGUUCAAUUUACAUACUCCUCUAUACUUAGGCUACAAAGGUUCUUUGGCCAAACAAAAAAGGUAAAAUGGUUCUGAGACUCACCAUGGUUUUGUUAUUUAACAUCUUAAAAUUGUACUCGAUCACCUAUAGUAGAAGAUGCAUGAUAUAAUAGUACAGAAGUAAAGGUGCAAUAGAAAGUAUCAUAUUAUGGUGUUUUGUUGGAAAAUUAAAUUACUCUCUUUAAGCC